CACCCGUUGGUGAGGUCGUUAUUUGUGGCUCUGUCAUCUCUGCUUUCACCCUCCGUUUGGCGUUGCUAUUGUGCCAUUAUUUAUAUAUAUAUUUAUAUAUAUAUAUAAUUCUAUAUAUAUUAAAAAACCUCUAGGUGGGUGUGUUCUAAGCUGCAUAGUCUAUGCCUUAUCAGAUUGCGCUCCCUCGGCAGCGCGUUAGUGUUGCUCUUCUCCAUUGAUUUACCGAAUACGGAACAACUAAUCACUCAGGAUCAUCAUGCAAAAACGGAGGAAGCCAGAACCGAUCCAGCUCAACCCGAUUCCAGAUGGGAAUGCCGUUAACGGAACCGGUGCCACAGAGACAAACCUGGAGGCCCUGCAAAAAAAGCUGGAAGAGCUUGAGCUGGAUGAGCAACAACGAAAGCGUCUGGAGGCCUUUCUCACGCAGAAGCAGAAGGUAGGAGAGCUGAAGGAUGACGAUUUUGAGAAGAUUUGCGAGUUGGGAGCAGGCAAUGGUGGCGUGGUCUUCAAGGUCUCUCACAGACCCUCUGGACUCAUCAUGGCCAGGAAGCUGAUCCACCUAGAAAUCAAGCCAGCCAUCAGGAACCAGAUCAUCCGAGAGCUGCAGGUGCUGCAUGAGUGUAAUUCCCCAUACAUUGUAGGAUUUUACGGGGCCUUCUACAGUGACGGAGAGAUCAGCAUCUGUAUGGAGCACAUGGACGGUGGUUCCCUGGACCAAUCUCUGAAGAAAGCAGGCAAGAUUCCAGAGCAAAUACUGGGCAAAGUUAGCAUUGCGGUGAUAAAAGGGUUGUCUUAUCUGAGAGAGAAGCACAAGAUCAUGCACAGAGAUGUGAAGCCUUCCAACAUCCUGGUGAACUCACGAGGAGAGAUCAAGCUGUGUGACUUUGGUGUGAGUGGGCAGCUUAUCGACUCCAUGGCCAACUCAUUUGUGGGCACAAGGUCCUACAUGUCUCCAGAACGUUUGCAGGGCACACACUACUCAGUUCAGUCUGAUAUCUGGAGCAUGGGGCUUUCACUGGUAGAGAUGGCCAUUGGUCGCUUCCCCAUCCCACCACCUGAUGCUAAGGAGCUGGAGCAAAUUUUUGGCCUUCCAAUGGAGGGUGACCCCUCAUCCAGUGGUGAAGCAUCCCCCAGACCCAGGCCCCCUGGACGGCCCAGCAGCUCCCAUGGACCUGACAGCAGACCUCCAAUGGCCAUCUUUGAGCUGCUUGACUACAUUGUCAAUGAGCCACCACCCAAGCUGCCAAGCAUCUUUGGCACGGAAUUUCAAGAUUUCGUUAACAAAUGUUUAAUAAAAAACCCAGCGGAGAGGGCAGAUCUGAAACAAUUGAUGGUUCAUUCCUUCAUUAAGACGUCAGAAGCAGAAGAAGUGGACUUUGCUGGGUGGCUCUGCAGCACCAUAGGCUUAAAUCAGCCCGGGACCCCAACUCACAGUGUGGGGAUAUAAAAGAAAAUUACUUUACCUAAUCGCACACGGAGCAGUGUUUUUGAUUUGGGCUGAUUUACUUCAGUACUUCAGCCUAUUGUAACUUUUUAUUGUGAUGUUAUAAAUAUUGAACCGAGGUUAAUGAAUCAUAUCAAGACCCCCAAUCUGGAUUUGAUGGCAAGGGUUACUUGAAAAACAAAACUAAACAAAAUACUGAAUGUGGUCUCAAACAUCAGAUACUCAGAAUGUUUCCCUCAAAAGUAAUGUCAUUCCCGAAUGAUCUUGCUGAACUGCAGGUUAGAUCAUAACUGAGAAUAUUUAACAGUAUAAACAAAUAUACCCUUUUAUUUAAAUGUUAAUUGUUUAUUAAUUAAUUAUAAUUAAUAUUGUUUAUUAGGCAUAUAAAUCGCCAUUUGAGUGUGA